AUGAUACCAAGUUGGAAUAGAUUCUUUGAUGGUUUUUCCAAGAUCAAUGAUAUUAAUCCAAAUCAUAAUAAUACAUUUAAAUGUUCAGCACUUUUGUUAAAUGGUAAAUGUAAACAUCAACUCAUCGAGGUUGAAGGGGCUGUUAAUAUUACUAUUAGUGUUAGUGUUGCAAGAAAUGGUGAUUCCAAAGGAAUUGAUUUUCAAAAGUUUUCAUCAAUUUUGGGUCUAAGUUUUAAAGUUUCCACCAUUAUUUCAAAUUGUAAUAAAAAUGCAAAAGAUCAAACCAAUUAUUGUAACUUUAUCAAUUGGAUAAUAGAAAUCCUUACCAAUAAUAUUUAA